GGCGUCACAGCCUCCCGCCGCUCCUGCUUGUCGCCGCCGCCUACGCCUACACCUACUAAACCCUACAUCCUUUCCUUCACUCACACACUACAUAAACCCCUUCCUGCGCCUCUUGCUCCUACGAUUCUUCUUCCUCUCUCUCUCUUCCCUCAUCAUCGCAAUCAUCCAACUCCAACCUCACAACCCACGGCAACGAGCCUGAACUCUCACUCACCACACACCUGACCGACAAACACACCAGAACAACACCAUCAGAAGCUGUCACCAUGCAAAUCUUCGUCAAGACACUCACUGGCAAGACCAUCACCUUGGAGGUGGAGUCCUCGGACACCAUCGACAACGUCAAGUCCAAGAUCCAAGAUAAGGAGGGCAUCCCUCCGGAUCAGCAGCGUUUGAUCUUCGCUGGAAAGCAGCUUGAGGAUGGACGCACUCUCUCCGACUACAACAUCCAGAAGGAGUCCACUCUACAUCUCGUCCUCCGCCUCCGCGGUGGUAUGCAGAUCUUCGUCAAGACCCUGACCGGAAAGACCAUCACUCUCGAGGUUGAGUCUUCAGACACCAUCGAUAACGUGAAGUCGAAGAUCCAAGAUAAGGAGGGCAUUCCCCCAGACCAGCAGCGCUUGAUCUUCGCCGGAAAGCAGCUCGAGGACGGUCGCACUCUCUCCGACUACAACAUCCAGAAGGAGUCCACCCUCCACUUGGUCCUCCGUCUCCGUGGUGGUAUGCAGAUCUUCGUGAAGACCCUCACCGGCAAGACUAUCACGUUGGAGGUUGAGUCGUCCGAUACCAUCGACAACGUCAAGUCAAAGAUCCAAGAUAAGGAGGGUAUCCCUCCGGACCAGCAGCGUUUGAUCUUCGCUGGUAAGCAGCUCGAGGACGGCCGAACCCUCUCCGACUACAACAUCCAGAAGGAGUCCACCCUCCACUUGGUGCUUCGUCUUCGUGGUGGUAUGCAGAUCUUCGUCAAGACCUUGACUGGAAAGACUAUCACAUUGGAGGUUGAGUCUAGCGACACAAUCGACAAUGUCAAGUCAAAGAUCCAAGAUAAGGAGGGCAUCCCACCAGACCAGCAACGCCUCAUCUUUGCUGGAAAGCAGCUUGAGGAUGGCCGAACCCUCUCCGACUACAACAUCCAGAAGGAGUCGACCCUGCACUUGGUGCUCCGUCUCCGUGGCGGACAGUAGGUGUUCUUUGUGGUCAUUUAUAUCGGAUUCAUCAUGUACGGCGUUCGUAUUCAGGCAUAACGGGCAGGUCUUCUGCAAGGGAACGAUUAUUAUUUCUAGCUAGUUUACUGCG